GGAGGGGCCGUGUGUGACGUCACCACAGCGGGGUAGGUCACGUGCUGGAGCCUGGUGCAAGAUGUCGCUGCGGCCGAGGAAAGCAUGGGCAUCCAACAUGACCAACUCUCCUACUCUGAUUAUAAUGGUGGGAUUGCCAGCUCGAGGGAAGACCUACGUUUCCAAGAAACUCACCCGGUACCUCAACUGGAUUGGAGUUCCCACCAAAGUUUUUAAUCUGGGUCAGUAUCGCCGCGAAGCUGUGAAGACGUACAAAUCAUAUGAAUUUUUCCGUCAUGAUAAUGAAGAAGCCAUGAAAAUCAGAAAGGAAUGUGCCAUUGCAGCACUGAAGGAUGUGAAAACCUACCUCACGGAUGAGAACGGUCAGAUUGCAGUUUUUGAUGCGACCAACACAACCAGAGAGCGGAGGGAUUUAAUCCUGAAUUUUGCACGUAACAAUACAUUUAAGGUUAAGAUCAAGAGUAAUGAUGUGUUUUUUGUUGAAUCUGUCUGUGAUGAUCCAGAGGUCAUUGCUGCCAAUAUUAAGGAGGUAAAGGUUUCAAGUCCGGACUAUGCAGACGUUGCAGAAGACCGGAUAAUGGACGAUUUCCUCAAACGCAUUGAAUGUUACAAAGUUACCUACGAACCAUUGGAUCCUGAUGACUAUGACAAAGAACUGUCCUUCAUUAAGGUAAUUAACGUUGGUCGACGAUUUCUAGUGAAUAAAGUCCAGGAUUACAUUCAGAGUAAAAUAGUGUACUACUUGAUGAACAUCCAUGUCCACCCACGCACAAUCUACUUGAGCCGCCAUGGAGAAAGCGAAUACAACAGUCUUGGGAGGCUGGGAGGUGACUCCGGUUUAUCUCAUCGAGGGAAGCAGUAUGCAGAAGCUUUGCGUCAGUUUGUUGAGGAGCAGAGAAUUCCAGACCUGAAGGUUUGGACAAGUCAGCUCAAGCGAACAAUCCAAACUGCUGAGGCGCUAGGUGUUCCAUACGAACAGUGGAAGAUCCUCAAUGAGUUGGAUGCAGGUGUUUGCGAGGAGCUGACAUACAGUGAAAUUCAGGACAAGUAUCCAGAUGAAUUUGCACUGCGAGACCAGGACAAGUACCAUUACCGUUACCCAGGAGGAGAGAGCUACCAGGAUUUGGUUCAGCGGGUGGAGCCAGUCAUCAUGGAACUAGAGAGACAAGGAAAUGUGCUUGUAAUUGCACACCAGGCUGUCAUGAGAUGCCUCAUUGCCUACUUUAUGAACAAAGGAGCAGAUGAACUGCCAUACUUGAAGUGUCCUCUCCACACAGUUCUGAAACUGACGCCUGUUGCUUAUGGUUGUAAAAUGGAAUCCAUUUACCUGAAUGUUGAAGCCGUAAACACACACCGUGACCGACCACUGAACGUUUCACUAACUCGUACACGGGAGGAGGCACUGAGCACUGUUCCCCACCACAAGAUACUGGGAACCGUUCCAUAAGUACCAUUAAAUCCUGUCAAAUUGGACCCAGUGAAACUGCUAGACUCUUGUUUUAAAGGAGAUGAUUGCAAUCCACAAGGCAGUAAAGUAAUCUGAGAAUUGUUUUGGACAUGCUUUGGUCAUGUGCAAAUAUCUGGCAUAUUUUGUAUCAUUGUGGUAUUAAGUACAUUUUCCAAGCGUUUCCUCUGGUUGAGAUAGAUGUCGUCUGCUGGCUGCCUGGUGGAAGAGAUGUUUUAAGGCUAACGGUCAUUUACCCUUCUGUAAGCUGUCAAUAAGGCCACUACCUUAUGAAAAAUGAAAAAGAUAUUUUCACUGAUUGAUUGGUCCUGAACUGGUAAACAGAGCUUGAAUUUGUCUUGGUAAUCAAGAAACUCAAAAGCCACAAAGUUUAAAAAAAAAUUUUAUGCAGAGAAAACCAUUGGUAAAAUACUUUAUGAAAGCAAUCACUUAUUUUGCUUUAAGAUCACAGCUUUUAAAAUUCAAAUAGGUGCAUAGAAAACUGACUAAUUUUGCUCAUGGAUCAAAUAAGCUUGCUGCACGAUGCUGAGUGCUUCAGGUAAUAAACUUGGGGACUAACCUGGAUUGUUUAAAGCAUUCAGUAGUGCACAACUUUGAGCGCACACAGUAUUGUCCUUCUCUGGUGGUAAUUUUAUCACAAAAAUCCAAAAUGAUUCUUCACCAUUUAAGUUUUUUCUAAAAGCACAGAUAUGUGAUGUUUUCCAAAGCUGCGAGAGCACUCCUGAACCAAACCAAAAUAUUUAAACCUCUUUAAAAUAGUCUAUCAGUGCAAAUAAUUUUUGUGCUUCAUCAUUAUUUGAUGAUAUUUCCCUUCAUUUAUUUAUUUUUGCAUUAUUUUGACAGAUUUAAAAUGUAUUAUAAAACCUUAUUUAUAUUUUAAAAGUUUUAACUCGCAUGGAAGGAACUAUGAGCAGUCUGUUACACCGGAGAAUGAUAUUGUAUUUAAAUACAUCAGAUAUUUUUGUACAGUCAUUUAAAACACUUCCAAGAUUUAUGAUUGGCCCUGUUCAGUUUGUUUUAUUUUGAAUGAGUAUAAAAAGCUCUGGCAAACGCAAGCACGACAGAUAAUUAAGUAAGAUUGCUGUAUGUUAAAUGGGGAAGAGCAUAAGACAUAGGCUGGAUCUGUGUUCUUUAUAUUAGAAGAAUGAGAGGAUUGUAGCGGUGUGCUACAUGCAGCGCUAAAAUUAUGACACGGAGUCGGUAACUGCAGUCGAAGAAAAAAACUUUAUUCGAAAUACCCAGCCUUGCUUUUAAGCCUCCCUCAACCUGCCCCCCAUUGCGCAGAGGCUCCAAAGCUCUGUGCUCGCAAACCCCCGUAGGCUAUCUCCCUUAGCCGGAAUGCUGGCUAAUUGUGAGCCGGUUCGGAUGUGCUAGGAAGUGGGUCGCCACAGGAUACCAUAAGACCAGGGAUUCCCAACUUGGUAUCCACAGACCCCUCAGUUAAUGGUAGGGGUCCAUGACAUAAAAAAGAUUAGGAAUCCCUGGCCUAAAACAGAAUAAAAGCAGAAUUGGAUUAUUUGGCCUAUCAAGUCUUUAUUUUCUCUCUCAACCCCGUUCUCCUGCCUUCUCCCCCUAACCUUUGAUGCCCUGGCUAAUCCAGAACUCAUCAACCUCCACUUUAAAAUGCUCCCAUUGACCUGGCCUCCACAGCUGUCCAGGGCAAUGAAUUCCACAGAUUCACCUCCAGCUGGCUAAAGACAUUUCUGCUCAUCUGUGUUCUAAAGGAACAUUUUUGUAUUCUGAGGCUGUGCUCUUUGGUCCUAGACUCAACCACUAUAGGAAAUAUCCUCUCCACAUCUACUCUAUCUAAGCCAGGUGUUCCCAACCUGGGGUCCACGGGUCCCUCAGUUAAUGGUAAGACUCCUUGGCAUAAAAAUGGUUGGGGUUCCCCUGAUCUAGGCCUUUCAAUAUUUGGUAGGUUUCAAUGAGAUCCCCUUUCAUUCUUCUAAACUCCAGCAAGUACAGGCCCAGAGUCAUCAAAUGCUCCUCAUGUUAAUCUGUUCUUUCCAGGGAUCACUCUCAUGAAUCUCCUCUGGACCCUUUCCAGUGCCAGCACAUCCUCAAGUACACAGCCAGAUUUUAAAGAUAUUUAACACUUGAACAAUAAUUUUAACAGUAUAAUUGCAGCUCUUGGGUUUAGUUUCAGAAAUGUUGCUGUCUCUUCCCCAAAAUAAUAUGGAUUAAUAAACAAUUUUGUUUCCACAAGGGAGUUCGGUACCUGGUACAUACUGCCUAGGGAGGAACUGAAUGUGAUAGCAGCAUUUAAGAAGCAUUUUGACAGACAUGGGGUCAGGCAGGACAUUGUGCAGGCAGAGGGGAAUUAGUUUGAUUUGGCAUCAUGUGCUAUGCAGACAUGGUGAGCCAAAGGCCUGCCCCGGGCAGUACUGUCCUAUGUUCUAAUUUCAUUGUAAGAGGCCUUCAUCUUGUUUUGUGAUUCAUAGUGUUUCAUAUUUUCUAUUGAUAAUCAGUGUAAGUGGUUUUUUGGCAGAAAUCACAACACUCUAUUGAAAUGCUUUGUUCUUUUCUUCAUUCUGUUUGUUCUGUUUUUGUCUUUUGCAUUGGUCUGUCUAAGGUAGGGUGUCCCAACCGUUUUUAUGCCACAGAGUCUGAGCUGGCUGGGAACCCCAGGUCUAAAGCAAUGCAUGGUGGCAGCGACCUGCAGUGGGGAAACCUGUGGGUUUAAACAAAGUGGACGUGGCCAUAAAUUCAGAGCAACACAUACAAAAUGGCUGGAGGAAGUCUGCAGGUCAGGACUGGAAAGGAAGUGGAAAGAAGUCAGAAUAAAAAUGUGGACGGAGGAGAAGGAGGAUGGCUAGAAGGUGAUCGGUGAAUUCAGGUGAAAGGAAGACACUUUAUGCCGUGUAUUUAAAUUGUUCUAAAGGUUUUUAACCACAGUGUUAACGUAAUUGAAUCAAUGAGCUGCUGAAAAUAAAAAUGUAGUCGCGUGUCAGAUUCAAGUCUAAUAUCACUGACAUAUGUUGUGGGAUUUGUUGUUCUGCAUUACUUAAACUAUAAAUUACAGUAAGAAAUAUACAUAUAUAUAUAUAAUACAGUACUGUGCAAAAGUCUUAAGCUCAUGUAAAAAAAAUUCCGUCAAGUGAAGAUGCUUUCAAAAAUAAAAUGAAUAGUUUCUAAAUAUCAAUAAAUUACUAUAAAGGGCAGUAAACAAUAAAAAAACUAAAUCAAAUCAAUAUUUGGUGUGACCAAAUAAAACUUUAAAACUGCAUCAGUUCUUUUAAAUCUGUUGUGCAAUCUAUAAGAAAAUCAGCUGGUAGGUUGUUCCAAGCUUCUUGGAGAACUUACCACAGUUGUUCUACAGACUUUGGCUGUCAUGCUGGCUCCUGGCUCCCCAGGUAAUCCCAGAGAGCCUCAGUGAUGUUGAAAUCAGGGCUCUGAGGAGGUCAUACCAUUUGAAGCCACAUAAAAAAGUUACAAUAGGUAAUGUUUAUUGGCCAUUAAGAAUCUAAUGAUGGAGGAGAAGUUGUUCCUAAAAUGUUGAGUAUGUGUUGUCAGGCUCCUGUAGCUCCUCCCUGAUGAUCUAUUAACUAAAAACCAAUAAUUGCUUAUUACUUAAUACUGGCAGUCAACUCUCAGUGCAGUCAGUAUGAUUAAUUAAAUACAGAAUAGGAAAUCAUCUUGUGUUAAGUGGAGCUGAUUUGUGCUGAGAUUAAACCUGUAAAUUUCUGACGUCCAAGAAGCUGAGAGCAAGGGGAGGAUUUUUAAGAUUCGGCAGCAACAUUGCAAAGGCUCAGUCAAUCUGCAGGUCAGAACUGUGCAAGUGUCAGCCUCAGAGGUAUAACAUUUCCUCCUGUUCUGUCUGCUAGAGCAUGCAGUUCCACAAAAGCUAUUUCAUAAAGCUUACUCUUAUCCAGGGGUUCUCAACUUUUUUUAAUGCCACGGGCUCCUUCCAGUUGGGAACCCCUGUUCUUAUUGUGUACUGAUGGGCAGAUCUAUUCCCAUGGGAAUUUGGGACGGAGUGAGGUCGGCUGUAGGGGGAAUUACCUGCAUCAUGCUGUAUCUUGUCAGUGAGGUGGAAAUGAGCACAAUCUAUCUCUACACUACUUAACUGUCUACCGAUGUCUUUUAUAAAUCUACCAAUUUCCAUGGCUAUCUUGACUAUACCUAUCUCCACCCCUGAUAUCACUCCUCCUUCCCUUUCUCCUAUCAGAUUCCUUCCUUUCCCACCCACCUGGCAUCACCUAUCAUCAUCCAGCUUACCUUCCUUCCCCUUCCUCCACUUUUAUUUAUUUUGGCAUCCUCCUCCCUGUCCUCCAGUCCUGAAGACAGAUCUUGGCCCAAAACGUUGACUGUUUGUUCCUCUCCAUAGACAUUGCCUGACCUGCUGAGUUCCUCCAGCAUUUUGUGCAUGUUGCUCUGGAUUUCCAGCAUCUGUAGAAUCAUUUGUGUUUACUACUUAAUUAUUUCUUUCCAAAGUCUGAUAUUUGAGAGAAUCCACUCCACAUGUACAGCUUGUUUUUUAUUGAGUUUGAACUGCACACACUGUGACAUUCAUGAAUGUUAACAAACCUUGUGGCACUUUAUCAACAGUUGGUUAAAAAUUUUGUUAUGCAAUUUCAUUGUGCUGAUUUUACAGUUUGUUCCAAAUUUUUCUUCAGUAUGAUUGUUAAAACAAACGUUACCCUUCUGUGAGGGAGUGAAAAUUGAGAGUUAUUUUGUGUUAGAGGUUGGUUUUUUUCAAUAUCAAGUUUACUCCUAAUAUAUGUGAAUGUAUAUUGCAAAUAAUUCAUUAAUUUCCUCAAAAGCAAUGGAAAUGGGAAGGAGUUUUUGACAGUAGGAUUUGCCUCAGAGUUUAGUUGACCCUCCAGGGCAGUGGUUGGAUUACCGAACCUCACCAGGCCAAGAGUCAGAGUUUUGGACCACUUGUUUAGGGACAAAAAUUCAAGUCCCAUCUCAGGGGCUGAUGAGAGAUGGAAAUUCUUGCAAGGGUCACAGUUUCAGGACAAUGGAGGUGGGGAACCUUUGGAAUUCUCGUUCCUAGAGGGUGUGAAGGCUUUGUUACUGAAUUUCAAACAAAAAAAAAAUCAACAGAACUCUGAAUUUUCAGGGUAUUGAGGGAUUGGGUAGAGGGUAAACAAAUGGAUCUGUGGGGGAAGAUCAGCCAUGAUUUUGAUCUCGAGGGACUCCGGGGACAUUCCUGUUCCCAGUGAAAACUAGUCUCAGUAGAAACAACAAUGCAAUCAGCAUCUUAUCCAAGAACCCAUUUAGUUCACUAAUAUCCUCCAGCAGAUGAAAUCUGCCAGCAUUUUUCCAGUCUGCUGAUCCUCAACUGCCUUCCCUUUAUCAAAUGGUCCAAUCCUAGUAUUUUAUUGUUCCCCACCACUCUGGAAAAGCAGGCCCUGCCAGUUGUAGUUCUUGUGAAAUAUUUGAGUGCCACCCAAAAGUGUAACCAUAUGUGCAAAAUAUCUCAAAUGCCUUGUUUAUAGACUUGAGAGACAAGGAAUGCCUAACGUCCAAACGCACAGUGUACAGACUCCCAAAGUAAUGUACAAAUUAUUGUAAAAGUUGUAAAUUUAUUAUUGUGACAUAAAGGUAAUGGUACAAAACACAACCACGUUGUUUUAAGUGGCUGCAUUUAGGGACUUUUGAACUGUGUUGAAUGAUAUUGCUGUUCAGUAAAAUAAAUAAGUUUCAAGGAUUAAAAUCUCAAACUGGAGAAGUAAUAUUUUCUGUUUUACACAAUCUAGUGAAAUAAAUAAUAUUCAGAACAUUUUUUAAAUUUUAAUGUUACUGUUUGAACAUUUAACCUUUCCACCUUUCUGUAAUGAUAGAGUGUGACAUGAGUAUGUGGACAGAUAUAAUUAUGAUUUAUAGCCAUUGUAAUACUGCUAAUUUUUGUGCCUAAAUCACAAAGGGAACAUGUAAUCUGAUUAAAAGAAUAAAUUCUGUCAAAGUAACUAACCUCUGAGUUUCUCUUUGGUUAAACCCCAUCCACCAAAACAUUCUUGUCUGUCUUUACUGUGAUUUUAUAAUUCUACAAACUUCUGUCAGGUCUUGCCUUCAGCCUCUGAUGUUCCAGAGAAAACCACCCAAGUUUGUUCAGCCUCUCUCUAUACUCCACGAAUUUCUCCUGUGCCCUUUCCAAAGCCUUUUCAUCCUUCCUGUAGUGUGACCAGAUCUACACACAGUACUGACGGAGAAUCUCACCUGGUCCCUCAACACCAUCUCCAUAGCAAAGAAAGCCCAGUAGUGUCUCUACUUUUUGUGAAGGCUGAAGAAAGCCCAUCUCCCACCCCCCAUCCUCAUCACAUUCUACAGGGGUUGUAUUGAGAGCAUCCUGAGCAGCUGCAUCACUGCCUGGUUCGGAAAUUGCACCAUCUCCAAUCGCAAGACCCUGCAGCGGAUAGUGAGGUCAGCUGAGAAGAUCAUCGGGGUCUCUCCUCCUGCCAUCAUGGAUAUUUACACUACACACUGCAUCUGCAAAGGAGACAGCAUUAUGAAGGACCCCCUGCACCCCUCAUACAAUCUCUUCUCCCUCCUGCCGUCUGGGUAAAGGCUCCGAAGCAUUCGGGCUCUCACGAUCAGACUACGUAACAGUUUCUUCCCCCAAGCUAUCAGACUCCUCAAUACCCGGCCUGGACUGACAUCUUGCCCUACUGUCCUGUUUAUUAUUUGUUGUAAUGCCUGCACUGUUUUUGUGCACUUUAUGCAGUCCAGUGUAGGUCUGUAGUCUAGUGUAGCUUUCUCUGUUUUUUUUAAUUACAUAGUUCAGUCUAGUUUUUUGUACUGUGUCAUGUAACAUCAUGGUCCUGAAAAACGUUGUCUCAUUUUUACUAUGCACUGUGCCAGCAGUUAUGGUUGAAAUGACAAUAAAAGUUGACUUGACUUGAGUAUUCCAGAUCAACACACAUGAGAUGUUGCAGGAAUUCAGCAGGUCAGGCAGCAUCUAUGCAGAUGAAUAAACAGUCACCGUUUUGGGCCAUGACCUCUCUUCACGAUUGGAAAGGAAGAGAAGAUGACAGAAUAAAAAGGUGUGGGAGGGGAAGAAGGACAAGCUGACAGGUGAUAGGUGAAGCCUGGUUGGGUGGGAAAGGUAAAGGGUUGGAAAGGAACGAAUCUGAUAGAAGAACAGAGUGCACCAUAGGAGAAAGGGAAGGAGGAGAGGUGACAGGCAGAUGAGAAGAGGCAAGAGUGGGGAAUAAGAAGAGGGGAGGGGGAGGGAAAUGUUUUUACCGCAAAGAGAAAUCAAUAUUCAUGCCAUCAGGUUGGAGGGUACCCAGACAGAAUAUUGCUCCUCAACCCUGAGGGUGGCCUCAUCAUGACGCGAGAAGAGACCAUGGACUGACAUCUUGGAACAGGAAUGGGAGUAAAAAUAUUUGGCCACCAGCAAGUUAUACUUUUGGUGGAUGGAGCAGAGGUGCUCGAUGAAGCAGUCUGGAACUGGAAAUCUGA